CGCCGAGAGCGCGGCCGGGACGGUUGGAGAAGAAGGCGGCUCCCGGAAGGGGGAGAGACAAACUGCCGUAACCUCUGCCGUUCAGGAGCCCGGUUACUUAUUUAUUCGUUACCCUUUUUCUCCUUCCUCCCCCCGAAACCUUUUCCUUCCCCCCCCCUUUCUUUUUUUUCCUUUUUGGGAGACGAAAAAUCUCCGGAAAGGGGGAGGAGAGCGCCUUUCGCUCCUUUUUCACUUCCCCGCCUCCUUCCCUCCCCCACCUCUCCCUCCUCCGCCUUUUUCCUCCCAACUCGGGGAGGUCCUUCCCGGCGGCCGCCCCGACGGGGUCUGAGCACCUAGGCGGAGGCGGCGCAGGGUUUUUGUAGAGAGGUUUGCGCCUGCGCAGCGCGCCGGCCUCCGCGAUGCACGGGGGUGGCCCCCCCUCCGGGGACAGCGCAUGCCCGCUGCGCACCAUCAAGCGAGUGCAGUUCGGAGUCCUCAGUCCGGAUGAACUGAAACGAAUGUCUGUGACAGAGGGUGGCAUCAAAUACCCCGAGACCACAGAGGGAGGCCGCCCCAAGCUUGGGGGACUGAUGGACCCGCGGCAGGGGGUGAUCGAGCGGACUGGCCGCUGCCAGACUUGCGCGGGAAACAUGACGGAGUGUCCCGGCCACUUCGGCCACAUCGAGCUGGCCAAGCCCGUGUUCCACGUGGGCUUCCUGGUGAAGACGAUGAAAGUGUUGCGCUGCGUCUGCUUCUUCUGCUCCAAGCUGCUCGUGGACUCCAACAACCCAAAGAUCAAGGACAUCCUGGCCAAGUCCAAGGGGCAGCCCAAGAAGCGGCUGACUCACGUGUACGACCUGUGCAAGGGCAAGAACAUCUGCGAGGGCGGCGAGGAGAUGGACAACAAGUUCGGGGUGGAGCAGCCGGAGGGCGACGAGGAUCUGACCAAAGAGAAGGGCCACGGGGGCUGCGGGCGGUACCAGCCCCGGAUCCGGCGCUCGGGCCUGGAGCUGUACGCGGAGUGGAAGCACGUCAACGAGGACUCCCAGGAGAAGAAAAUCCUGCUGAGUCCGGAGCGAGUGCAUGAGAUCUUCAAGCGCAUCUCGGACGAGGAGUGCUUCGUGCUGGGCAUGGAGCCCCGCUACGCGCGGCCCGAGUGGAUGAUUGUCACCGUGCUGCCCGUGCCCCCGCUGUCUGUGCGGCCCGCCGUGGUGAUGCAGGGCUCUGCCCGCAACCAGGAUGACCUGACGCACAAACUGGCGGACAUUGUGAAGAUCAACAACCAGCUGCGGCGCAACGAGCAGAACGGCGCGGCGGCACACGUCAUCGCCGAGGAUGUGAAGCUCCUGCAGUUCCACGUGGCCACCAUGGUGGACAACGAGCUGCCCGGCUUGCCCCGCGCCAUGCAGAAGUCGGGGCGGCCCCUCAAGUCCUUGAAGCAGCGGCUGAAGGGCAAGGAAGGCCGGGUCCGAGGGAACCUCAUGGGCAAGCGAGUGGACUUCUCGGCGCGCACCGUCAUCACCCCCGACCCCAACCUCUCCAUUGACCAGGUGGGCGUGCCUCGCUCCAUCGCCGCCAACAUGACCUUCGCGGAGAUUGUCACGCCCUUCAACAUCGACAGACUCCAGGAGUUAGUGCGCAGGGGGAACAGCCAGUACCCGGGGGCCAAGUACAUCAUCCGGGACAACGGCGACCGUAUCGACCUGCGUUUCCACCCCAAGCCCAGUGACCUUCACUUGCAGACCGGCUACAAGGUGGAGCGGCACAUGUGCGACGGAGACAUCGUCAUCUUCAACCGCCAGCCGACUUUGCACAAAAUGUCCAUGAUGGGGCAUCGGGUCCGCAUCCUCCCCUGGUCUACUUUCCGCUUAAAUCUGAGUGUGACGACUCCUUACAAUGCGGACUUCGACGGGGACGAGAUGAACUUGCACCUGCCCCAGUCCCUGGAGACGCGGGCGGAGAUCCAGGAGCUGGCCAUGGUGCCGCGCAUGAUCGUCACCCCGCAGAGCAAUCGGCCCGUCAUGGGCAUCGUGCAGGACACGCUCACGGCCGUGCGCAAAUUUACCAAGAGAGACGUCUUUCUGGAACGGGGAGAGGUGAUGAACCUGCUGAUGUUCCUGUCCACGUGGGACGGGAAGGUGCCGCAGCCAGCCAUCCUGAAGCCACGGCCCCUGUGGACGGGCAAACAGAUCUUCUCCCUCAUCAUCCCCGGCCACAUCAACUGUAUCCGCACCCACAGCACCCAUCCCGACGAUGAGGACAGCGGUCCUUAUAAGCACAUCUCUCCCGGGGACACCAAGGUGGUGGUGGAGAAUGGGGAGCUGAUCAUGGGCAUCCUGUGUAAGAAGUCUCUGGGCACGUCGGCCGGCUCACUGGUGCACAUCUCUUACCUGGAGAUGGGCCACGACGUCACUCGCCUCUUCUACUCCAACAUUCAGACAGUCAUCAACAACUGGCUGCUGAUCGAGGGUCAUACCAUUGGCAUUGGGGAUUCCAUUGCUGACUCCAAGACCUACCAGGACAUCCAGAACACUAUUAAGAAGGCCAAGCAAGAUGUGAUAGAGGUCAUCGAGAAAGCUCAUAACAACGAGCUGGAGCCCACCCCGGGGAACACCCUGCGGCAGACCUUCGAGAACCAGGUGAACCGCAUUCUCAACGACGCCCGAGACAAGACUGGCUCCUCUGCCCAGAAGUCCCUGUCUGAGUACAACAACUUCAAGUCCAUGGUCGUGUCUGGGGCCAAAGGUUCCAAGAUCAACAUCUCCCAGGUCAUUGCCGUCGUCGGACAGCAGAACGUGGAAGGGAAACGGAUCCCAUUUGGGUUCAAGCACAGGACCUUGCCUCACUUCAUCAAAGACGACUACGGGCCCGAGAGCCGUGGCUUCGUGGAGAACUCCUACCUGGCCGGCCUCACGCCCACCGAGUUCUUCUUCCACGCCAUGGGGGGUCGCGAGGGGCUCAUCGACACGGCUGUCAAGACUGCCGAGACUGGGUACAUCCAGCGGCGGCUCAUCAAGUCCAUGGAGUCGGUGAUGGUGAAGUACGAUGCCACGGUGCGCAACUCCAUCAACCAGGUGGUGCAGCUGCGCUAUGGCGAGGACGGCCUGGCCGGCGAGAGCGUCGAGUUCCAGAACCUGGCCACCCUGAAGCCGUCGCACAAGGCUUUCGAGAAGAAGUUCCGCUUCGACUACACGAAUGAGAGGGCGCUGCGGCGCACCCUGCAGGAGGACCUGGUGAAGGACGUGCUGAGCAACGCGCACAUCCAGAACGAGCUGGAGCGGGAGUUCGAGCGCAUGCGCGAGGACCGGGAGGUGCUCAGGGUCAUCUUCCCCACCGGCGACAGUAAGGUGGUGCUGCCCUGUAACCUGCUGCGCAUGAUCUGGAACGCUCAGAAAAUCUUCCACAUCAACCCCCGUCUGCCGUCCGACCUGCACCCCAUCAAGGUUGUAGAGGGAGUCAAGGAGUUGAGCAAGAAGCUGGUGAUCGUGAACGGGGACGACCCCCUGAGCCGGCAGGCGCAGGAGAACGCCACGCUCCUCUUCAACAUCCACCUGCGCUCCACGCUCUGCUCCCGCCGCAUGGCCGAGGAGUUUCGGCUCAGCGGGGAGGCCUUCGACUGGCUGCUCGGGGAGAUCGAGUCCAAGUUCAACCAAGCCAUCGCCCAUCCUGGGGAGAUGGUGGGCGCCCUGGCUGCACAGUCCCUUGGAGAACCUGCCACCCAGAUGACCUUGAACACCUUUCACUAUGCCGGCGUGUCUGCCAAGAACGUCACCCUGGGUGUGCCCCGUCUCAAGGAGCUCAUCAACAUCUCCAAGAAGCCAAAGACGCCUUCACUAACUGUCUUCCUGCUGGGCCAGUCCGCUCGAGACGCUGAGAGGGCCAAGGACAUUCUGUGCCGUCUGGAGCAUACGACACUGAGGAAGGUGACCGCCAACACAGCCAUCUACUACGACCCCAACCCCCAGAGCACAGUGGUGGCAGAGGAUCAGGAAUGGGUGAAUGUCUACUACGAGAUGCCUGACUUUGACGUGGCCCGCAUCUCCCCCUGGCUUUUGCGGGUGGAGCUGGAUCGGAAGCACAUGACCGACCGGAAGCUGACCAUGGAGCAGAUUGCCGAGAAGAUCAACGCGGGCUUUGGCGACGACUUGAACUGUAUCUUUAACGACGACAACGCCGAGAAGCUGGUGCUGCGCAUCCGGAUCAUGAACAGCGACGAGAACAAGAUGCAGGAGGAGGAGGAGGUGGUGGACAAGAUGGACGACGACGUUUUCCUGCGCUGCAUCGAGUCCAACAUGCUGACCGACAUGACCCUGCAGGGCAUCGAGCAGAUCAGCAAGGUGUACAUGCACCUGCCGCAGACAGACAACAAGAAGAAGAUCAUCAUCACAGAGGACGGGGAGUUCAAGGCCCUGCAGGAGUGGAUCCUGGAGACGGACGGCGUGAGCCUGAUGCGGGUGCUGAGCGAGAAGGACGUGGACCCCGUGCGCACCACGUCCAACGACAUCGUGGAGAUCUUCACGGUGCUGGGCAUUGAAGCCGUGCGGAAGGCUCUGGAGCGGGAGCUGUACCACGUCAUCUCCUUUGACGGUUCCUACGUCAAUUACCGCCACUUGGCUCUGCUGUGUGACACCAUGACCUGUCGCGGCCACCUGAUGGCCAUCACCCGACAUGGGGUCAACCGCCAGGAUACCGGGCCUCUCAUGAAAUGCUCCUUUGAGGAAACGGUGGACGUGCUGAUGGAGGCCGCCGCGCACGGAGAAAGCGACCCCAUGAAGGGGGUGUCGGAGAACAUCAUGCUGGGCCAGCUCGCACCAGCCGGCACCGGCUGCUUCGACCUCCUGCUCGACGCCGAGAAGUGCAAGUACGGCAUGGAGAUCCCCACCAACAUCCCCGGCUUGGGGGCCGCCGGACCCACUGGCAUGUUCUUCGGCUCGGCGCCCAGCCCCAUGGGAGGGAUUUCUCCGGCCAUGACGCCCUGGAACCAGGGCGCAACCCCGGCCUAUGGCGCCUGGUCCCCCAGUGUCGGGAGUGGAAUGACCCCGGGGGCAGCCGGCUUCUCCCCCAGCGCUGCCUCCGACGCCAGCGGCUUCAGCCCCGGCUACUCGCCCGCCUGGUCUCCCACGCCGGGCUCCCCGGGCUCACCCGGCCCCUCCAGCCCGUACAUCCCCUCGCCAGGUGGUGCUAUGUCUCCCAGCUACUCCCCGACAUCACCUGCCUAUGAGCCUCGCUCCCCUGGAGGUUAUACGCCUCAGAGUCCCUCUUACUCCCCCACCUCACCUUCCUACUCCCCUACCUCUCCAUCCUACUCUCCAACCAGUCCCAACUACAGCCCCACAUCACCUAGCUACUCCCCGACCUCGCCCAGCUACUCCCCAACCUCUCCCAGCUACUCCCCAACCUCUCCCAGCUACUCCCCAACCUCUCCCAGCUACUCUCCAACUUCCCCGAGCUACUCUCCCACUUCUCCCAGCUACUCUCCGACCUCUCCCAGCUACUCCCCGACCUCUCCCAGCUACUCCCCCACCUCUCCCAGCUACUCGCCCACCUCUCCCAGCUACUCGCCGACGUCCCCAAGCUACUCUCCCACCUCCCCAAGCUACUCUCCCACAUCCCCAAGCUACUCACCAACAUCCCCAAGCUACUCGCCAACCAGCCCUAACUAUUCUCCAACCAGUCCCAAUUACACCCCGACAUCUCCCAGCUAUAGUCCGACGUCACCGAGCUACUCCCCGACUAGUCCCAACUACACGCCCACGAGCCCUAACUACAGCCCAACCUCUCCAAGUUACUCUCCAACUUCACCCAGCUACUCCCCAACCUCGCCGAGCUAUUCCCCGUCAAGCCCACGAUACACACCACAGUCUCCGACCUAUACCCCAAGCUCCCCCAGCUACAGCCCCAGCUCCCCCAGCUACAGCCCCACCUCACCGAAGUACACCCCCACCAGCCCCUCGUACAGCCCCAGCUCCCCAGAGUACACCCCGACCUCUCCCAAGUACUCACCUACCAGCCCGAAGUACUCACCCACCUCCCCCAAGUACUCACCCACCAGCCCUACCUACUCGCCCACCACCCCAAAGUACUCCCCAACAUCUCCUACUUACUCGCCGACCUCUCCGGUCUAUACCCCGACCUCGCCCAAGUACUCGCCCACCAGCCCCACCUACUCACCCACCUCCCCCAAGUACUCACCCACCAGCCCCACCUACUCACCUACCUCCCCCAAAGGCUCUACCUACUCACCCACUUCCCCGGGCUACUCGCCCACCAGCCCCACCUACAGCCUCACCAGUCCGGCCAUCAGCCCGGACGACAGCGAUGAGGAGAACUGAGGGUGCACGGGGCGUAGGGCAGCCCGAGCGGUGCCUUCGUGGGGCGCAGGCCCCUGGCCCGCCUCCCUUGUACAUAGCACCUGUGACAAAGUUCUUCGUUGAUGUUCUGGUCCCGUUUCCACUGGGGCUUCUUGUCUUGUUCUCCACCUGUGCUGACUCAGAACCCACUCCUGGCUGUGGUGGUCUCCUUCCUGCCCCACCCGCCCCAGGCCUGUCCCCACAUCGAGGCUCCCUCCUUGCCUGUGGCUUGAUUGGGGGUAGAGGGGAUGUUAACGUCUUAGGGGUAGUUCCUGCUCUGGGUCGUUCUAGCUGAUCCUUGGGAAGAACAAAGCUAAAGCUAAGCUGCCUUUUGUCUGUUAUUUUAUUUUUUGAAGUUUAAAUAAAGUUUACUAAUUUUGG